AUUAGUGUGCCCUGAUGAUCAGUGUGGCCCCAGAAGUGCCACCUGUCAGUGCUCAUCAGUGCCAUGUGCCAGUGUCCAUUAGUGCCACAUCAAUGCCAAAUAUCGGUGCAUACCAGUGCACAUCAAUGCCACAUAUCAGUGCCCAUCUGAGCUGCCUUUCAAUGUCACCCAUCAGUGCCAGUCAGUGCCACCUAUCAAUGCCAAUCAGUGUCACCUAUCAGUGCCAUGCCCGUCAGUGCUACCUAUCAGUGUCCAUCAGUGCAGCCUAUCAGUGCCCAUCACUGCAGCCUCAUUAGCGCAUAUCAGUGAAGGAGAAAAAUCACUUAUUUACAAAAUUGUAUAA